AUGCCGUCUGCAAAGAAAAGCUCUAACCCAGCUCCAUUGAGCAUCAAGACACACAAUUUAGGUGUAUCUUCCCAGUCUUCUACCGCGAGAAUUACACAUGCGAAUACUGGAGAGAAGACCGGCAAGGCACACAAGCGGUCCCGAUCUGGUUGCUUCACUUGUCGCCUGCGCCGGAAAAAGUGCGACGAGAACCAUCCCGCUUGUGGUGCUUGCGUGAAUCUCAACGUGCGAUGCGAAUACAAACGCCCAGUAUGGUGGGGAAUUCCAGAUCAAAGAAGGCUCCAAAAAGAGAGGAUCAAGACCAAGAUAAAGAAUCAAAAGGUCCUCGAACGAAACAACAGUCAAUCGGAUUCCUUCCGCAACCGCAACAACUCCCUGGUGUCACCAACGUCCAUAUCGCCUGAUUUUAAUCGUCCAAUUUUUGCCGAGCCUCAAGAUAUGUUCGCAUCACAUCUGCCUACACCAGGCCUAGGAACUGCUCCAUAUGGUCCAUUCCCACCUUAUGAAGUAGAUGUGAAAACCGAACGACAAACAUUCAUUAAUGAUGUUCCAAUGCGCCAUGAUUCCUCGACUUCAACAUUCAGUGCCUUUGCUCCGCCGCAACUCAGUGCUCCGAUGCCAACCUUCACUGGUGAUGAGUGGCUCGGGGAGGAAUAUUUUGAGCAAGCUUCCAGCUACCAGGGACUGGCCCCAGGAAUGAUCGAUCCAGGUGUCGACCAAACAUCCAUAUGGCUCCAGAGUAGCAUUCCCGUUAGCGAUCACGACCGUCCCCUUCUGGACCAUUUCAUCCACAAUGUUCUGCGCCAAAUAUUCCCUGUUUUGGAGGCCCAUCAAAGGGGUCACUUACGGGCCCAAGCUAUUCUCCGCGCCUUGGAGACAAACAAGUGCUAUCUCCACUGCUGCUUGAGCGUCGCGGCCAUUCAUCUCAAGACAACCGAGGGCCUCGUCGGUGACCAGGUCGACACUGAUAUCAUGCGCCACCGUUACGAGGCAAUCUCGCAGCUUUGCCAAGCGCUCGGUGAAGAUGUCAAUCUCGAGGAAAUUCUUGAUGCUACUCUGGCCAUGAUCUUUUUCCAUUGCUCUGUUGGUCCCUCCGAUGACUACCUUCCUGACAUCCCUUGGUUCAAUCACUUUGAGGCCGCAGCAAACCUGGUCAACCGGCUUGACCUACCCCUCAAGUCAAUGGAAUGCAGCAACGGAUAUAUGGCUCCUUCAUUCAGCAUGACCUUGACUUCCUGGAUUGAUAUUCUGGGAUCCACAAUGACCGGAAAGACUCCACAGUUUGCCCACACCUAUCGAUCAAAGCAUUUGGGGGGUACUUCCUCUGGCUUGCGUGAGUUGAUGGGAUGCGACGACCGUAUCAUGUAUCUCAUCUCCGAAAUUGCCUGCCUCGACUCUCUGAAGACUGAUGGUCGAGUUGAUGACUUGGCCGUCUGUUCGCACGUACAGGCAUUAGGACGUCAGUUAGAGUAUACCGAGUCAGCCGACCCAACUCUGGAAAAUCCCUACUCUCCAUCAACUGGAUCCAUCCGCCCCGAGGCGCUCACAAAGACCAUGUCUCAUAUCUUCCGCAUUGCUGCUCGGAUCUACCUCUGCAGUCUCGUGCCAGGCUUUGAUCGGAACCAACCUACCAAUGAGAACAUGAUCCAGGCUAUCACAGAUGCCCUUCAAUACAUCCCUGCGGGACCAUACGGCUUUGAUCGCUCCCUUGUCUGGCCGAUUUUAAUGGCAGGUGUCUAUUCAACUCCAGCUAGCCAGUUCCGAUCAGUUCUUGCCGAUAGAUCUGCUGCUCUCGGAGACCAUGGUGACCUCGGAAGCUUCGGAAGAAUGUACCGUCUUCUCCAAGAAGUCUGGCGACUGAGCGAUGACCCUACCAACACCCAAGGUGUUGCGGAUGAUAGUUACAACUCGUCACUCACUAGCCCAAUCUCCAAACUCGACCGGACCGAGUCCCCAACAGGCACUGGUGCUACCUUGGGUGGAAGGGAGAUCAAGCGACAACAAGUCCAGUGGCGGGAUGUUAUGCGCCGCAACAACUGGCACUAUCUUCUUAUAUAA